AUGUACGGUGUGCUCAUUCUGUCGCUUGUUCUCGCCAGGUCGAAGUCGGGCUUGCUGAGCAGCGGAUUGGUAUUUGCGGCAUUGCUGUGCAUGAAGCACAUUUACUUGUACCUCGCCCCGGCUUACUUUGUCUUCCUUCUACGCGCAUAUUGCCUGUCGCCCAAGUCCAUCUUCAGAAUCCAAUUCUUGAACUGCAUCAAGCUCGGUGGAGGCAUUGCUGCCAUAUUCGGCGCCGCGUUUGGGCCUUUCGCUGCCCUGAACCAGAUUCCCCAGAUGGUCAGCCGUCUGUUCCCGUUCUCCCGCGGUCUUUGCCACGCAUAUUGGGCACCCAACGUUUGGGCGUUGUACUCCUUUGCGGACCGCGUCCUCAUCUACGUCGCGCCAAGGCUUAAUCUCCCCGUCAAGGCUGAGGCCAUCAACAGCGUUACCAGGGGUCUGGUAGGGGAUACAGCCUUCGCAGUCCUGCCGGAAAUCAGCCCGCGGACUUGCUUCGCCUUGACGCUCUUCUUCCAGGUCUUACCGCUGAUUAAGCUGUUUUUCCAAGCACCGCCGACCUGGGAUACCUUCAUUGGAGCGGUGACCCUAUGCGGAUAUGCGUCUUUCCUGUUUGGUUGGCAUGUGCAUGAAAAGGCCAUCCUGCUUGUCAUUAUUCCGUUCAGCCUCAUCGCGCUCAAGGAUCGGCGUUACCUCAGCGCUUUCCGGCCGCUGGCUGUUGCUGGGCAUGUUUCUCUUUUCCCUCUCCUUUUCACACCGGCGGAAUUCCCGAUCAAGACGGUCUACACCAUCUUCUGGCUGAUCCUAUUCCUCUUGACAUUUGAUCGGUUGGCUCCAGCCUCCAGAAAGGCAAGGUUCUUCCUGCUCGACCGAUUCAGUACACUGUACAUUGCAGUCAGCAUUCCGCUGAUUCUGUAUUGCUCCCUUCUUCACCAGAUUGUGUUUGGGAAGCGGUACGAAUUCCUGCCAUUGAUGUUCACCAGCGCCUACUGCGCAGUGGGAGUUGUUGGUUCCUGGUUGGGAUUCAAUGUAGUCUACUUCACGUCAUAG